UCUGUCCUUCAGUCCGUGCGUUGAGCCAAGCAGCGGUGUGGAAGCUCAGCACAAAAACGACAAUGGCUCUUCGACUCUGCGUCUCAUCUCUAGCCCCCGUGGCUCGACAGAUUGCCUCUCGGGCAACUGUCAGGUGCCUGUCCACCACCCCGAACCGUUAUGGGACGGCUGAAGUUUCGGCCAUUCUCGAGGAGCGAAUCUUGGGUCAGACCCCUCAGACGAAUCUCGAGGAGACCGGACGUGUGUUGUCGAUCGGAGACGGUAUCGCUCGUGUUUAUGGAUUGAAGAACAUCCAAGCCGAGGAGAUGGUGGAGUUCUCCUCGGGUCUUAAGGGUAUGGCUCUCAACUUGGAAACCGACAAUGUCGGUAUUGUCGUGUUCGGUAACGACAAGCUCAUCAAGGAGGGUGACAUCGUGAAACGUACCGGAGCCAUUGUCGACGUUCCCGUCGGCAUGGAGCUUCUCGGCCGGGUCGUCGACGCUCUUGGAAACCCUAUCGACGGCAAAGGAGCGCUCGCGUGCAAACAGCGGUCCCGUGUCGGUAUCAAGGCCCCCGGUAUCAUUCCCCGUGUUUCCGUGCGAGAACCCAUGCUGACGGGAAUCAAAGCCGUCGAUUCACUUGUGCCUAUCGGCCGUGGUCAGCGUGAGUUGAUCAUCGGUGAUCGUCAGACGGGAAAAACUGCCAUCGCCAUCGACGCAAUCAUCAACCAGAAGAAAUUCAACGACGCCGGUGAUGCCAAGAAGAAACUCUUCUGCAUCUAUGUCGCCAUCGGACAGAAGAGAUCGACCGUGGCUCAAAUCCUCAAGAGGCUGACCAGUGCUGACGCCAUGAAGUACACCAUCAUCGUCUCGGCUACCGCCUCUGACGCUGCUCCCCUGCAGUAUCUCGCUCCCUACUCUGGCUGCGCCAUGGGGGAAUACUUCCGUGACAACGGCAUGCAUUCGCUCAUCAUCUACGACGAUCUUUCCAAGCAGGCCGUAGCCUACCGUCAGAUGUCGCUGCUGCUUCGUCGUCCCCCCGGUCGUGAAGCCUACCCCGGAGACGUGUUCUAUCUUCACUCGCGUCUGCUGGAGCGAGCCGCCAAAAUGAGCGACACUUUCGGUGGAGGCUCCCUCACUGCCCUCCCGGUCAUCGAGACCCAGGCUGGAGACGUGUCCGCCUACAUCCCGACCAACGUCAUCUCCAUCACUGACGGUCAAAUUUUCCUGGAGACUGAGCUGUUCUACAAGGGUAUCCAACCCGCUAUCAACGUCGGUCUGUCCGUAUCCCGUGUCGGAUCCGCCGCUCAGACCCGUGCCAUGAAACAAGUGGCUGGUUCAAUGAAACUCGAGCUGGCUCAGUACCGUGAAGUCGCCGCCUUCGCCCAGUUCGGUUCCGAUCUCGACGCUGCCACCCAGCAGCUGCUGAGCCGUGGUGUCCGUCUGACGGAGCUGUUGAAACAAGGCCAGUACAAACCCAUGGCCAUCGAGGAUCAAGUCGUUGUCGUGUACACCGGUGUUCGUGGUUACCUCGACAAACUCGACCCAGCUCUGAUUGGAAAGUUCGAAGCUCAGUUCCUGUCUCUAAUGAGAACUCAACACAAGAGCAUCCUUGAUACCAUCGCUUCUGAGGGGAAGAUCUCGGACACGAUCGACGCCCAACUCAAGAAGAUCGUCACCGAUUUCGUCGCGUCUUUCCAGGCCUAAACGAUUUCAGAUGCCACUGAGGUGUACAUACAACAACACGUGGAACUGAGUAGGACCCUCUCCGAAGCUUAGCUGAACAUCGGCAUGGCUAGGAUUGGCAACAAUCAAGCUGAAUGGAAACCUUGACGGACGCUGAAUGGAUGUUAGCGGUUUUAUCUUGAAUUAAGAACUUAUUCAGUUUGAGAGACGGAUUCAAAUCUCUAGGAGAAUAAAACGGCCGAUGACGGCGCUCAACU